AUGACCAACUUCAAGGUCGACAUUGUAAGCGACACAGUAUGCCCAUGGUGCUACGUAGGCAAGAAGCGUCUGGAAAAGGGUAUCGCAGCCUACAAGGAGAAGCACCCUGAUUGCAAUGACACCUUCGCAACCAACUGGUUCCCCUUCUACUUAAACCCUGAUGCGCCCAAGAGCGCUGACAAGCAACAAUUGUACGAGUCUAAGUUCGGAAAAGAGCGCACAGCAAUGAUGCAAGAGCGUCUCUCACAGAUUGGCAAAGACGAGGGGAUCAACUUCAAAUACGGUGGCAAGACUGGAAACACACGCGAUUCGCAUCGACUUGUGCAACUCGGAAAGCUCAAGGGCCCGCAGAUGCAGACCCGAGUAAUUGAGGAGCUCUUCGCGGCAUACUUUGAGAACGAGAAGGACAUCACGAACCGAGAGAUCCUAACCGAGGCUGGCAUCAAGGCUGGGCUCGAGGAAAAAGAGAUCAAGGAUUGGUUGGAGACGGGUAAGGGAGGCCCUGAGGUUGAUAAGGAAGUGCAGCAAGCAGUUCGACAACAGAUUACUGGCGUUCCCAACUUUACCAUAAACGAUCAAUUUGAGAUCGGUGGGGCGCAAGAACCGGCUGCUUUUGUACAGCUGUUCGAGAGGUUGAAGAGGCAGGAAGGUAGUCUGUAA